AUGCUAGAGAAAAUUGGGACAAAUUGUUAUCCAAUUACCAAUACCAUUAUGGUCCCUACAACUGUUAAUAGGACUACUGUAUAUGAUGAUACUGAUACCAGUAUCUCAAUAGGCGUUAAUAAACAAAAGAAUGAUUUCACACUGAAAAAUAACAAUCUAACACCUCAUGAUCCUCUUGUUACAAAUGAUUUUGAAGUUUCUGAAACAAUUGAUCACAAUCAACAAGGUGUGCCUUUGAUUAAAACUGGUUUCAAAAGGAAUUUACCAAUGUAUAAUCAAGAUGAUGAUGAUCUGGACCCACGGAAAGUAAAUCGUAUCUCUAUUCACGACACCUAUGUUAACCAGCUUAAUGAUUGUAAUAUGUUGAAUGUAGAUACUCGCAGAAAUAUACAAAACAAUAAACAGCGAAUGAUAUCACCUCAGUCUGUUCUACAUCAAAAUUUAUCCGAGUGUAUUAAAUGUCUUUGUCAACAAAUGGAGAAGAAUUCUAUCCCACAAGUUACGUGUGAUACUAUUAACACAAAUACUAUUGCUAACAGUAAUACAACUUCUUCAACAAUCUGUUCUCAAGCGUUAGAUUUAAGGAUGACAUCACCACUGAUAGUAGAUGAAAGUCCAAUUAAUGAGACAUGGAAUACAAGUGGAAUGUUAAUUAAAGCCUUAUCACCUUCAUCACCAUUGUUGCCCUCUUUUUCAUCGUCAGCAUCAUCCUCAUCGUCUUCAUCAUGUUCAAAUAACAUCUUACAACAGCAACAACAACAACAAAGAAAACAGCAACUGCAUUAUCAUCAUGAGUGUGAUCAACAUGAUAAAGUAGUCAAUUUAAUGCCUACCAAAUCAUCAGAACACUUCAAUGAUACUUUGAUGAAUAUAUCCUCAUAUAAUCAAUAUAAUAAUUAUACUAUCAGCUCUUGUUCUCCAAAUCUCGCCAUGAUGGAUACUAUUCCAUUUAGUUUAUCCAAAAUGGAUUCAUCAUUUGUAUCAAAUAAAUUAUUUUCGAAUACCUCUAGUAUAUCAACAUUAACCAACACACAUACUCAACACAAUUUAAAAACCCAAGCACCUUUAUUUCCUCGUCUUUCUUCUACCCUACUCAGUUUAUCGUCAUCAGAUACAACCACAGAAGACAGUAAGACAGUUUUACAAACCCCAGUAAAAGAAGAAAUAUUUUAUAAACUCUCUGAAGCACUUUGUUUACAUCGAAGUGGAUCACAACUCUCAUUGAAUGAUAACGGAAUAAAUGAUCAAUUGAUGACAAGUGAUUUAUUGAAUCCUACUGAGUUCAUUUGGAAUUACGCUAAAAAUUAUGCUUUAUUUACCAAAAAUAAUUCCAGUGAAAAUGUAAUUGAAGUUAAUAAAACGUCAAAUGAUUUAGAAAAUGAAACGUCUUCAAAAUCUGAAUUUACAGAUACAGAAAAAUGUGACUCAAAAUCAACUUCACUUUGGUUUACAGAGUCAGAGUUACAUUCUAUACCGAAUCUUAUGGAAUCAAUUAGAAAAUUCUGUUCAAACAAUGAAUGCGGCUAUGAAGCAUGUCGAUCUUCCAGACUUAGAGAACACUAUCACUGUGGUGUAUGCAACAAGAUUCUUUUAAGACGAGAAGAAAUGAUACGACAUGCUAAAUGGCAUAAAAAACGAGAAGAAAGUAUGCAGUAUGGAUUUAUGCGUUAUAGUCCAGGUGAUGAUUGUACUGUCUCAGCUUGUCCACACAAUGGGCGUCAAACUCAUUAUCAUUGUAUGCAAUCAAAUUGUUAUAAGGUUUACAUCAGUACAUCGGACGUCCAAAUGCAUGCUAAUUACCAUCGAAAAGAUGCUGUAAUUAUUCAAGAAGGUUUUCAAAGAUUUCGUGCAACAGAAAAUUGUGGCAUUCCAAGGUGUCUGUUUUACACAGAACACACAACACACUUUCAUUGUCGACGUUCCAACUGUCAUUUCACAUUUAAAAAUAAAGCUGAUAUGGAGAAGCAUAAAUUACAUCAUCAGAAAAAUGAUAGAUUUGCUCAAGAUGGAUUUCGGAGAUAUAUAAAAUGCGAAAAUUGCGAUUUUCCAGAAUGCCAGUACUCCGGUGUUAUUAAUCACAUUCACUGUAUCCGACCAGGAUGCGAUUAUGUAGUUCAUUCGUCCAGCCAAAUAAUGUCGCAUAAACGGAAACAUGAUAGAAGGUUUGCAUCCUUUUCUCCUAGACACAUGGGUGUCGUGUGCCGCGAUGAUAUUAGUCAAACACUUUCAUCUUCAAAUCAAGGUAAUGACAAUGAUGAUGAAGAUAUUGCAAAUACUGGAGGUGCAGGAAUUGACGGGAUAUCCAAACAAAAUUUGCUAAGUUCUGGAAAAUACAUAAAGGAUCUUGGCGAAAAUGAAAUCUCACUACUUCAAAAUAAUAAUUUGGAUUUUGGAUUUUUUUCAAAUAAAAACACUUAUCCAUAUGAAGUGGAUUUUAAUAUGAUAGAACCAAUGUCCAUUACGAAUUUACUAACUGAAGUUUCGAAACUUGCUAGUUUGUGCAUUUGCCGACGUCAGCAUUGGGGAGAAUUGUCAUAUGAUUGUGAUAACAACACCAAUGAAAAGUGUAUAAAUAAAGAUCAAGAAAAUUCACCACUGUGUGCAAAAAUUGACAAAAUCCUUCAAUCGAUAUACAAAUCAUAUAAUCACCAUUCAAGUCAAUGUCUUUGGCCUGAUUGUCCAUCAAAAACUAAUGAAAUUGACUUGAAACAAACUCAAGAAUCACCUAGAACUUGGUGUAAAUAUUGGUUAUCUCAUUUAUGGGAAGCAUGUCUUUCAUUUUUCGCUUAUAUAGAAUGUGACCAGUCCAACUGCUCAAUGCGAUCAAGAGGUAGCCAUACUCAUUGCCGUUUUUGGCCGAAAUGUGAUUUCAUCAAUCCAUCAGGGAGCUCAAAUUUUCAAGUCUUGUAUGAACAUCUAUUUUUACACAAUGAAUGUUUUGCUCCAAAGUUAAUAAGUUCAUCCAUUUCCAACCAAUCAACAUGUAGACGAAAUGAAUCUAGUGACAAUUUAGUUUACGAUGCAUCUUAUAAUAUUGCAAAUUCAAGACGUAGAGGUCGACCACCAAAAUAUACAAAGUAUGUUCAUGUUCCACAUAUAAAUCCACCUGAGAAUCUUCAUAAAGAUGACAACUACCACUCAGACUUAUGCUAUUCAAUGUUUUUCGACCAAUCAGAAAGCAGGUUUGAGUGUCAAAACCAGACAGUUAAUGAAAAUCACAGUAUCUCGGUUGUUGAUAACCUGCAUAAUAAACAUGAAUCUAACCAAUUUAAAAACAUACGAUUAGGCGUUAAAUUAUUUUUAUGUGGUGAAAUAUGUCCAGACAGUAAAUGCCCAUAUUUUUCAACACAUGAAGAACAUUAUCACUGUACUAAGCCAAGAUGUUAUAUGGCUACUAAUAGUUUAGAUUUAAUGAAUACACAUCGACGUGAAUUUCAUCAGUAUACAGUUAUUGAACAAGGAUUUGAAUACUUUGAUACAAGCAUUGAUUGUCGUCGACCUUUAUGUCAUAAUAACAAAGUACAUAAACAUUUUCAUUGUGUCUAUCCUAGUUGUGAUUAUACAUUUGUUCGUGCAAGUACAAUGCAACAGCAUACUAAAAAGCAUACAGUGAAUUUAAAGUCUAGUCAAGAUAUAACUACAAAAAGUCAUUAUACAGCAAGUUUAGAAAAUAAAUCUGCAAAAAUUUCAACAUCUACAUUGAUGUCUAAUAGUCAAUUGGAUGGAAACUUACCUUUAUCUAAAGUUUCUAAUUCCGAAACAAAUAGUCAAGAUAGUAAUAAAUCCAUAGACUUACUAACAACUCCAAUUAAUGUCACUGAAGUAAAUCCUGUUCUAUCCCUUCUUCCACUUGGCAUACACCCACGACAACUUCCCGUUCUUUUACCCAAUACACAAAAUCAAAAUCUAUCACUUCCUUCAAUCGCUAUGGAUAAUAAUCUUACAAGAAUAAAAUGUGUAGAGAAUUCAUUAUUACCAGGUUUUCUUCCUAUAUGGGCUGCUGCAAUGGUGACAGCUGCUACCAUGACAACAGGUUUAGGUAAUUCAAUGCCAAGGAUAAACUAUGAGCCUAGAAUAAUGGGAGAAUGCAUUUCCGAUAUAAACUGCUUUAGUCUGCCUUUAAAUCAACCGAUAAAAAUGUAUAUGCAUCCUGAUGUCAUUUACCUGUCACUACAGGACAAAAUGGUGUACAAGUAUAAACUUCAACACUACAACAACAAAACUAAGAAACGCCCGGUUAAAUACCCCCUUCAGUUCCUAGUCUCUUCCCUGCCCCUGCAAAAAUAA